UUUGCAUGGUAUGCAUUGGUGUCCAGAUCAGUUGAAGAUGUUUCACUGCAAAUCUCUGUAGUGAUCCUAGCUCGUUUAAAGAAAGGUUCUAAAAUAACCAUGUGUGACUGAAAUGCUGACUACAUGUAGCGCUCCAGCAGCUUGAUCUUUGGGGACCAAAAGUUUGCUUCUUUCGUAGCGUAAUUACGUGAAAAACAACACAUUUCCGAGAAACCCGCCUUUGAUGGUCACAUUGAGUUCUCCACAACUCAACACUGGAGGAAGCUAGUUGAUGUUAACAGGGAUUCAGACUUUUAGGCUGCAUUAACUUUCAAUAAAAAAUAACAAGGACUUCAACUUCAGUACUAUAUCUUCAGACCAGCAGUUGCACAGCAAAGGAAUAUAUUCAUCCGUUACCAUGGCAACACAGGGGACAUUUUUCCUGGGAGCGAUCAUCCUGGCCUUAGCUUGCUCCCUCCCAGCUGUUGCUGCUGACAUUCAAGUCAAGAAUCUGAUGUAUGGAUCCCGAGAGCCACCGCUUAAAAAUUUGAAGUCAGUGGCAAUGAAUAACACGGUGUCGCCGCAGUGCCGGGCCGAAGUCGACAAACUUCUCAGUGGCGACAUGAAGACUCUUGUAGGAGAUGCUGUAAUGGCUCUGGAUGCAUUUGGCAAACCGCCAGCGGGAAUACUUCAGUUAAACACUGCAUGGCUCGGCCACUAUGAUGAAUGCAUGGCCAUUGAGGGUUUCAACUAUUGUCUGACUAUGCUGUCACUCAAUCUUACCAGCAUAGCACAGAAUGUGCCAUCGUUCAAUCAAUCAAUGUUUGCUCAGAUAAAGCAAAUGAACAUCCAGUGGGGUGUCUGCCCGCCGGCCAAUUGCAGCGAGACGGAUGUACUGUUGGUCCUUAAUGAACUUUUAGAUGGCCUAAAGUUACUGGAACGGUUUGGAAUACCGACUGAUGCUCUGAAAGCAGCAUAUGCAAUAUGCACUAAGAACCCAACUAUACCAUACGAUGCUGGAGUCAUCUGUACAGUAACUCUGUUUAGCAUCAUUGCAUCCCUGAUGAUAAUUGGCGCCCUCUAUGACGAGUACCUCCAACUCAAACUCCAGCGCUCCGCCUAUCAGACUCUGAUCCUGAGUCUCCUGAGACCUUUCAGGUUGCUGGACGAGACGGAUGAAGCAGACGAAGAUGCCGAUGACGUGCCGUUAAUCAGGGAUGUGGGGACCGGGGCGUCGAUCAACAGGGAGAGUGCGCGUGACCCACCAAAGAAACAGAAUUUGGCUGUUCGGUUUCUUCUCUGUUUUGCCCUGAAUCGCAACCUGGCCAAGCUGAUGGACGUGAAGCAGAGCGACAAGAGCAUCGGCGCCCUCAACGGCAUCCGCGUCAUCAGCAUGACAUGGGUCAUCCUGGGUCACACCGUCAUCUUUGGCUUCACGGCCAACAUCACACACAAUACGCCAACCAUUCUCAGUUGGAUCCAGAAUCACUUCGGCUUCCAGGCUGUGGCAAAUGCCUUCUUCUCUGUCGACACCUUCUUCUUCUUGAGUGGGUUUUUGUUGGCAUACCUCACCUUGGGACGUUUCCGUGAGUUGAGGACGGCCAAAGCCUGGGCUCUGUUCUACUUCCAUCGCUACUGGCGCUUGACUCCCCUGUUUGCUAUCACCAUCCUGAUCUGGAUGUACCUUCCGCAGUUCUUUGGGGAGGGUCCCAUAUGGCAGUCGCACGCCUUACGUCCAUAUUGCCCAGACUAUUGGUGGAGCAGUCUACUCUACAUCAGUAACUUCUGGCCGACGAAUUUCGUCGAGCAGUGCAUUGGAUGGACCUGGUACCUGGCCAACGACAUGCAGUUCUUUCUCAUCAGCCCGCUCCUCUUGGCUCCGUUGUUUUAUUACCCUGUCUUCGGUUGGCUUGCUCUGAUUGGUACACUUCUGGCUUCUUUUGUUUCCACCGGUCUGAUCAUCGGAAUCUAUGACGUGGAUCUAAGUUUAAUCAACUCCCUGUCGGGUUUAACUUCUGCUAGUUAUUUCUCCCUGGUGUACGGCAAGCCAUACUGCCGUAUCGCACCCUACCUGGUCGGUAUUGGACUAGGCUACAUCAUGCACCGCAUUGGCAACCGCAAAGUCAAGAUGAAUCCUGUGUUGGCUGUGAUUGGCUGGCUAGCGGCCGCUGCCCUGGCGAUGAGUGUGGUGUACGGUCUGUACCCCAGCACCCAGUCGAUGACCAUGUCCAGACCGGCUUCCAUCGUCUACGGUUCCCUCAGCCGUUUCGUCUGGGCGUUGGCUCUGGCCUGGGUGGUGUACGCUUGCAAGUACGGAUAUGGAGGUUGGAUAAACACUUUUCUUUCCUGGGGUUUUUGGGUUCCUCUCAGCCGAGUCACCUUCUCUGCCUACAUGAUCCAUCCCAUCGUCAUCAUGGUCUUCUACGAUAACUUUGCCAGUCCCUGGCACUUCUCUGUCUACCUCAUGGCCUUCUACUUCGCCGGUCUGGCGUCCAUCUCCUACUUCAUUGCCAUCUUCCUUGCGUUGGCCGUUGAGUACCCCUUCGCCAAUCUGGAAAAGCUCUUCCUCCCCUCCCGGGUCAGUCCUAAAAAGGUCGAGGGGGGUCCGGAGACGCGAGGUAACGCGGUAGUCACGAUGAUCGAGCCUUCGUCUCCUGUGGAUAACGGCGUCCGGGCCCGAGGCCCCGCCCACGAGAAUGGAAUCGCUCACCAGCGGUCACUGCCUACUUAAUAACAACGAGCGUUAGAUAGUUUCUCCGUAAUUUCUCGGAUUUUAUUUCUGAAAGUGUGGGAGUGCGUUUGUUGAGUUAUUUGUUCUUAGUCUUACGCACAGGGGACCAAAUUAAUGAGCCUUUUAGAGAUAUAGUGGCUAAAGAAGGAGGAUACUAUUUGGUGUAAAAAGUGUUAUAAACACCGCAAAAAAGAAAAUCCACACUCAUUGGAGGGGUCUUACUUUUUAAUCUGAUUGUCUUAAGAUGACAUCACGCAUAUAUACCUUUGGGAAAGUUUGUUAGCUACAGUUUGAUACCCUGUUUGCUACCAAAGACUGUCAAUUGUCCGAGAUUGACAACUGUUUAUGAAAAAUGAUGCAGUUUGAGGAGAAAUUGCUAAAUGCAAACACACAUGCCCGUAAAUUGGCCCCAUCGAUUGCAUGGUGCCCGAACAAAGCGCUGGUAAUUCAAUUCGUGUGCUCCCAUGCAUGCAAGCACUGUGCGAUCGAUAUUCCCUGCCGUUCGUUUCGGGCAGUGUAUAACAUUGUCACUCAGCAAUUUUCUCUUGCGAACUCUUUCAAUUACUUUGUUAGCAAAGGGGGUAUCGAAAUGUAGCUAGCAACAUUCACCCAAAGGUCUAUAUAAAUAAGUCAGCAUAAGAGGAUCAGAUUCAAAAUUAUGACCCCCCAAUGAGUGUCUACUUUCUUGUUUUGCUGUGUUUAAUGGAAUAAUGUAAUGUGUCUGCUGCAUACGCCACAAGGCCGAAGACUUUUUAAGAUAUGGAACACAGAUGCACUACAUUUUCUGAGUUUCACAAGAGUGAGUGGGAUAAAAUAUCUUCAAGCAAACUUUGCGCACA